AUGACCCAUGGCAGGGGCCGGGCUGGGCAGAGUCCCCGGGCGCGCUCAGCCGCCGCCGCCGGCCCAGGGGGACGGAAGCUACUACCCAAAGGCAAAGCGGCCGCCACCUGGUCAUUGCGAGCCCCGCGGGGCACAGGGUGGGUGGUGAGCGGCGCAGCGCCGGCGCCAGCAGCCCCCGGGCCGGAGCAGAUCCUGCGUCCGCAGCAGCCGCCUGCAGCACAUCCCGCUCCCGAGGCCUCCGCCACCGGGGAGCACGUGGGCCUGCGCGCCCUCCACUCGGGGGUGACCCCCUCCAGACCCUGGGCCGAGCAGGGACCCGCAGCUUUCUGCGACCAGCAAGUCGGCAGCCAGGGCCUGUCUCCGGUCGCGACACCAGCCCAGCUGCCUCACGCGAACACCCCUUCCCCGCAGCUCCCCGGGCUGCACCCUUGCCCUGGAGCCCGACGGACGGGUGCUGCCAACGCCAGGUCGCGCCUUCCCCGUGCUUUGCUACCUCAGGCCCAGGGCUCUGUGCUCCUCCAGAGCCCUUCCUCCACCGAGGCGUUAGACCCGUCCAGGAAAGGGAAGGGGAAGCCGCCGAACGUGUCCCUGGGGCAGGCCAAACCCAGACAGGCCGUCCUCUGCAAGCACAAGCCUAAGUACUGUAGCAGCUUUGGGGCCCAUAGCUCCCUGCAGAUCCACCUCCGCUCCCAUACCGGAGAGAGACCCUUCGUGGGCUCUGUCUGUGGCCGCCGGUUCACCACCCAGGGCAACCUCAAGUGCACUUGCAUGGACAUCCCCAGGGAGGCCCACCCCCAGCUCUUUCCCAAGUUCCACGACAAAACGUCGGCAGGCCAUGGCAUUCCCUAUGCACUCUCUGUAGCCAUCCCCGUAGAUGAAUCGAGUCUCUCUUUAGACAGCAAACCUGUCCUUGUAACAGGGACCCCCGGUCUAGGGCUACCUCAGAAUCUCUCUUCAGGGACUAACCCCAAGGACCUCCUGGGCGGCCCGCUGCCCAAUGACCUGCAGCCCGGGACUUCCCCAGAAAGUGAGGACGGGUCCCUACUGUCUGGGGGGGUGGGAGCAAGCCACACUUCCCCGAGGGUUGGUGGUUUCCAAGGGAGUGGGACCCCGAGCGGGUCGGAGACCCUGAAAUUACAGCAGCUGGUGGGGAACAUUGACAAGGCCACCACCGACCCCAACGAAUGUCUCAUUUGCCACCGGGUCUUGAGCUGCCAAAGCUCCCUGGAGAGGCAUUGGCCCCACACCGGGGAGAGGCCAUUCCAGUGCAAGAUCUGGGGUCGGGCAUUGUCCACCAAGGGCAACCUGAAGAUGCACCUCGGGGUUCCCCGGACCAACACGUCCAUAGAGAUGCGGCACUCGUGCCCCAUCUGCCAGAAGAGGGUCCCGAACGUGGCCCUGCUGCAGCAGCGCAUCCAGAUGCACAUGGGCGGCCAGAAUCCCCACACGCCUCUGCCCCAGAUCCCCUGUGACUUCCCAGGUCCCGAGGCCGCGAUGGUCAGUGAACACGGCAGCGCGGGUGCCACCUGUCACGAUGAUGUCAUCAGAGCAUCGACUUGGAUGAGCGGGGCCCCAGGACGCUUCGGGCUGCUUCCCAGCGCCCACUCAGCAUCCCCCACGCUCG